AUGUAUAAAGGAACGGAAAUACCGGUAAGCACGAGGUUAAAUGAUUUCCUUCGGAAGAUUUUUUCUCAUGGUCCUUUUGUUCUCUUUUCAUUGUUGCCGGAAAUUAAUUUUCCCCCCCACCUUUUUUUUUAAUUGCUAAUUAUCCUAACUUUUCCUCGCCUAGCACGUGUAUGAGAUGCGUCUUGCCUUGGUGCAUGGCUCUUGUUAAUCUAAUCUUGGUAAUCCUUUGUUGCUGUAUUUGUAUGCCCCUUUAUGCCUGACCGUUGCCCAAUUCGUUCGAGGAAGUUUCUAAAAAACGUGUGCUGUAUUGAUUGAUAUUAUUGUUUCUUUUCCUUUCCUGCUUUCUUUUCUUCUUGCCAGG